CAAAGCACUGACAGACAACUAGACCAAAGGUCCAAGCAAACAUUGUUUCACACAGACAAAGAUGGCGGGACUGUGAACGACAAACAGAAACUGCGACAUAAUGGCACCAGCAUAUAAAGGUGAUUCACAGGAGCUGAGGAUUGUGCUGCUGGGAGUCUCUGGAGCUGGAAAGAGUUCAACAGCAAAUGCAAUACUGGGUCGAGAGGCAUUUAAAGAGAGCAGAACCAGAGAGAGUGAGAAACAGACAGGAAGAGUAGAAGACAGAAACAUCUCCAUCAUCGACACACCAGGAUUCUUCAACACUCAACUGACCGAUGAAGAGAUGAAGAAUGAGAUGAUGAAGAGUAUGUACCUCUGUUAUCCUGGUCCUCAUCUGUUCCUGCUCGUCAUCAACCUGAAGACCUUCAGAGAGGAGCAGAGGAACCUCGUGGAGCAAGUUCAGGAGAACUUUGGAGCUCAGGCUUUGAAGUUCACAAUGGUGCUGUUUGUUGGUAGAGAAAAAAUUCCAAAUAGACAAUGGAAGCUCCUUAUGGAUAGUAGAAGGUUUCAGGAGCUAGUCAGUCACUGCAGAGGACAAUAUCAUGCAUUCAACAGUAAAAAUGACAUUACUCCAACCCACAUCACAAAACUUCUAGAGAGGAUUGAUGAAAUCAUCAAACAGAAUGAUGGCCAGCAUUACGACAUUGACAUUUAUUUAAGAGCUCCAAUAAAGUGCAGAAAAGGAAAGAUGAAAAAAGAGAGAGAAAUAAAAGUUCAAGAGACGAAACAAGAGCAGAUACAAAUAGCACGGGAUACGAUUCACAUGCACCCUGUAAAGGAAAAGGGCACAAGAAAUGUUGUGACUAAAAAGAAAGAUUUUAUUUCUCAUGUGACAAAAAUUGAGAGAACUGAAUUAUAUGUAGACAGACACUCUCGAGAUCCACAAGAACAGAAGAAUGAUGAAGAAGAGGUGGUCAAAACAUCAGCAAAAGCACUGAGAAACUGCUUUGAACACAAGGGAGAAACAAAUACAGUCCAGAAACCAGAAGAAUAA